AUGGCCAUCGAGAACGAGCAAGUUGUUCCGAAAGGUGUGAUCCAAGGUUCGAGCAACUUGAAAGCGGACUUUGACCUGCUGCACAGCCAAUUGGCCGACGACGCGGUGUAUUUGGUGGUGCGUAACGAGGACGUUGCGCACAAAUUCUUCUUCAUUUCGUUCGUGCUGGACAACGCUCCUGUUCGGAGCAAGAUGUUGUACGCUUCUACGAAAAAUACAGUGAUCAGACAGCUUGGUGCGGAGUUCUUCCACCCAAUUCUGUUCAUUAACGAUAGAGACGAGAUCAGUGGUGACGCAUUGGACUUGCUUCGCGGCUCGGACGAAAAGCCUUUGAGCAGCAGCGAGGAGACUCUUGCCACGGUGAAGCAGAUGGAACUGCUUAACUCGGGCGGAAUAGAAAGACGCAAACAGCAGCUGGUGAGUGCUAGUUCUAGCGGCUUGAAAAUGGACGUUAACGGGGAUUUGAUAGGCAAGAUAAAGUCGCUAAGUUCUGGUGAAUUGGCCACAAUUGUCAUUGGGGAAGACGAGCAUUUCAAGCUGAACGGUACCGGGCAAGCCUCGGGGCUCUCUUCUGUGGCCUCGAGUAUUCCAACGUCUGGCCCCACAUACACAGUUGCCCGCUUUGACGAGUACUACUUCAUCUACUGCUGUCCGUCAGGGUCUAAAGUGCGCGAUCGGAUGGUGUAUGCUUCGAGCAAACAGGGGCUUCUGAACGACCUGAAGAGCAACGGAGUGCAGUUUAAAAAAGUGAUUGAAGUUGGAGACCCUGACGAGAUUGUUGCAGACGAAGAGUCUGCAGAUCAGCCAGCAGCAACUCCAAGCUUCCACAGACCAAAAGGUCCAAGAAGAAGAUAA